ACAAACACACCACAAGAUGGCGGUCAGAGCCCAGUCAUGGUUACAGGAGCGCACGCGCGCGUUGACGUUGUAAACACACACAAUGCUAAUGUGGCUAACGGAGCUGGAUCUUCAGGACGGAGGAAGGUGAAGGAAUCAUGUCCAACAUCUGUGGAUCAGAGAAGAACGGUGGAAAGAGGAGUGAGGAGAACAGCAGUGAUGAACAUGAACUCAGACUCGUGCUCAUUGGUCGGACAGGCUCAGGAAAGAGCGCUACAGGAAACAAUAUUCUCGGACGACGUCAUUUCCUGUCUGAGCUGAGAGCAAGCUCAGUGACGCAGGUGUGUGAGCAGGGACAUGCUGAGUUAUCUGAGGAUGAGGUGGAUAAAAGCACUAAGGUGUUGGUGGUGGACAUGCCAGGAUUUGGAGACACUCGAUCAGAUCCUAGUGAGGUUCACACAGAGAUCGCCAAAUGUGUGGCGCUGAGUGCACCCGGUCCUCAUGCCUUUCUGCUGGUCAUUCAGCUGGGACGCUACACGGAAGAUGAAGAUCGAGCUGCUCAGGAUAUGCUGCGAAUAUUUGGGGAGUCUGCUCUACAGCACCACACGGUGGUCGUAUUUACCCGUGGGGAUGAUUUGGAAGAAAGUGGUGGUGAUUUGGAGUUGUUUCUGGGUCAGGAUGCUCCAAAAGCAAUGAGAUCUUUACUGGAAACUUGUGGAAGAAGAUACCAUGUCUUGAACAACAGAAACUUGGAGAACAGGAAGCAGGUGAAGGAACUGCUCAGAAAAGUGGAGAAGAUGGUGGAAGAGAAUGGAGGGCAGUACUACACCAGCGCAACAUUUCAGGAGGCAGAGCUUGCUAUCCGUGAGGAACAGGAAAGGCUGAUGAGCCUGGGGGAGGCAAACAUGGAGGGGGCCUUGGUGUUAGCCAAGCGGAGGAGGAAGGAUUGUGAGAGAGCAGUGGAGAUGUGGGUAGAGGAGAGAUCAGUUGAGAGGUGGUGGUUGCUGAAGGAAGGAUGGCAGAAAUGGAAAGAAAGAGAGUGGAGAAGAGGAAGGCAUGAGCUAAAAUCGUUCCGUACUGAAGCAGCACUCUCGCCAAAGGUUCUAGAGAAGGUAAAAGUGUUAGUGGCAGCUGGAGCUACAGGAUUUGCAGUGGGGGCAGUUUGCGGUGCUGUUGCCCCUUUUGCUUUGGCAGCAGGAGCUUCUGUGGUGGGUACUUCGGUGGGUAUCACUGCAGGUGUGGCUGGAAAAACAGCUGUAGCUGUAGGGACAGCAAUGGGAGGUGUGUUCGGAGGGGCUAAUGGGGUAUUAGUUGGAGCAGAAGCAGCAGCACCUGGAGAGGCAGCACUAGACACUCUGAAGCAGGUAGGUCUGAUGGGGGUCACAGUGGUGGGUGGGGCUGCAGUGGUGGGUGGAGCAUUGGGGGUGGGUGCAGGACUUGUGGGAAUGGGACUUGAGGGUGGUGCUGCGAUAACCGGAGCUGAAGCAGUUAGCAUUGCUAGUGCUGGAGCUGUAGCUGCACCACAGGCACUAGGGGGUGCUUUAGUGGAGGGUAUAGCAACUAGCAGUGGUCUAACAGGUGCAGCAGGAACACGCGGAUGCAUUUUAACAGCAGUGACGGAGCUCGGAAGAGUCGCAGCUGGAGUUGCGAUGGCUGGAGGACUGGCAGUGAAAGUGGUGAAGGAGCAAGUUCGCUCGGCGACUGGAUGCACAGAGAGAAAGUCCUAUGAGAUAUACUGGAAUAAAAUAAGUGGCAGUGAUAACUAGGCAUGUUAAAGUGCUAUAUUGCAGUACUAUCCUAAGCUUUCAUUUCUGUAGUAUCAUCAUAUGACAUCGCCAGCUGCUAUCUUCUUGGCUCAAAUAAACAUACAGUCUGGAUUUUUAGAGUUUGGCUUUUGUAGCUAUCCAGCAUACAUCGUUAGCAUAAUAACUAACCUAAGCUAGUAAAUAACAUUCACUGGCUGAAAGAGUUUGCCAUCCACUAAAGCUUUGACAUGCUCAGUCCUGUCUGCUGAACACAGAGUAUUACCUUCUCCAAGAAGAACAUGCAUGAUGCUCCUUCAGAAGAAACUUGAAACUUAGAAGACAACUGUUCUCAUCUUAAACUGGAGAAACCUUGAGACUUAACCUUGAGAAUCAAUUCUCUGUCCAAAAAUGCUGGAAAUGAAAAUGUAUUGAUCGUGAUAACGGUGUUGUGUGCAGUAUAUGGUGAUACAUACAGCUAGCACGUGAGCCCUCAGAACAAAUUGACUCACUAACAUGCACCGUGUUUUAUCAGUUCUCAGACAGGCCUUUUAUUUUGCACAUGAAUUAUGUAUGAAGUUGUAUGAACUAACUAACUUAACCUUUAUUAGCUCCAUUAAUCAAGAUCUAAUCUUUUUAUAUAUAUACAUAUAUAUUUGAUGAGUUAAAAAUCUUCUGCACUUCUUAAACACAAUUAAACUCAAUUAAUUAAUUUAGUUUUUCCAGAAUAUAUUAGUUUCUGUAGUUCUGAUGAUUAUACGCAUCAAAACAGCAUUUUCAUAUUCACCAGAAUAUUAAGCUAUUACACAUUUUUUUCCUCAUGAUUUGAACCAUGAAGUUGCAUUAAAUCCAAAGUGAAUGAAAACUUGCUUUGUUUAAAUUAAGUGCUCAUAACGAAGUGUCUUACAAUAAAGCAUGGAAAUAAAGUUUUAUUAUUUUAUUGUA